AGAGUGGCAACACUAAAGUGAGACUGCUGUCGUCUACUUUAUCCACCCCUAAAAGGAAGUAAACACGGUCGGCUAGACCCCCAUUUCAUCUCAGCUCCGAUUUAGGGUUUCGAAAUCGGCUCGACCCUGCCAUGCCCACUUUCUAGUCCCAAACUAUGUUCUAUGGGUUCAACAUCUUCAGGUUUUUUUCCGUUUCUACAGGUAUUGUGGCAUUGAUGUGAGCUAUUUAUGGGCACACCAUCAACUACUACACGAUUUGUUUGUGUAAAUUUCAAUGAUACCGGAGGCUUAGGGGAGCGAUGGACUGUUGUCAGACUCUUAGUCAUCUAAAAGGUUCUUUGUGCUGUCAGUUAUUAUUAUUCUUUAUCUGGUUAUCCAGUUUUCAAGAUGCUGUGGCAUUGGAGACGGUCUUUGAGCAAAGUCAUGUUCCUCAAAUGCCAGAGCUUGCUAAACCACCUUCUAGUGGAAUCUUUGGUCCUAUAGAAAUAUCACCUGCAGUUAUUCCACAUUAUCCAGAUCCUGACGAACCCUUUCCGCCAAUGUACCCUACAUUUCCAACCAGAUAUGAGCCUGUUUUAACUGGGAAAUGUCCUGUCAAUUUCUCCGCUAUAUCGAGUAUCAUUGAAAAAACAGCAUCUGAUUGUUCACAACCUUUGGCAGCACUUGUUGGAAAUGUAAUUUGUUGUCCACAGUUCAGUAGUUUGAUCCGCAUCUUCCAGGGUCUCUACAGCUUCAACUCAGCUAAGUUGGUUUUGCAAGAUUCAGUUGCAAGUGAUUGUUUUACAGAUAUAAUCAGUAUCUUAGCCAGUAGGGGUGCAAACAGUACAAUACCUACACUUUGCUCUGUAAAAUCUUCAAAUCUUACUGGUGGGUCCUGUCCAGUGAAGGAUGUUGAUACCUUUGAAAAAACAGUAAACACAAGCAGAUUACUGGAGGCCUGCAUGGCUGUUGAUCCUCUUAAAGAGUGCUGCCGACCAAUUUGUCAACCUGCAAUCAUGGAUGCGGCGCUUCAGAUCUCCGGGAAGCAACUGCAGUUGGAUGAAAAUAAAAAUUUGGUUGGUGAGCCGAAUCAUAUCGACACUCCCAGUGACUGUAAAGGAGUGGUUUUUGCAUAUCUUUCAAGGAAACUCUCGUCGGAUGUUGUAAAUACUGCAUUUCGAAUAUUAUCUGCCUGCAAAGUUAAUAAAGUUUGUCCUUUGGAUUUUAUGGAGCCUUUGGAAGUAAUUAAAGCAUGCCGCAAUGUUGCUGCCCCAAGUCCUUCCUGCUGUAGCUCAUUAAACACCUACAUUGCUGGAAUACAGAAGCAAAUGUUGAUUACAAACAGACAAGCUAUAAUCUGUGCUACAGUGUUUGGUUCUAUCUUAAGGAAAGGGGGGGUAAUGACAAAUAUUUACGAGCUUUGUGAUGUUGACUUAAAAGACUUCAGCAUUCAAGGCACUGGAGCAGCAUAUGGUCAACAAGGGUGUCUACUUAGAAGCCUGCCUGCAGAUGUGAUGUUUGACAAUUCAACUGGCUUCAGCUUUACAUGUGAUUUAAGUGAUAAUAUUGCAGCGCCAUGGCCUUCAUCGUCCUCAAUUUCAUCAGUGUCCCUCUGUGGGCCUGAGAUGUCAUUGCCCGCACUACCAACAUCGGAGACUUUUAAAAAUCCUGGCUGUCGUGGUGGAGGGCAGCAAUUUCUUGCAACCAUUAUUUCAUUUUUGGUUUUCGGGACUUUAUUGUACUGAACAUGUUUAGCUGAGGGUGGGGUUGAGUAGAUCUGGUUUGAAUUAGGGGCUUUUGGAAAUUGUUGGUGCGGAUGUCACCUGUACAUCUUGAGUAGCCUCCAUGUAUAGAACUCUUCUCAUAUGCACACAAUCUUCUUGCAGAUGCAUUUUGUCCUUUUAUCAUAUAACAUAGAGAAUAGCUUAACGGACUGCUUGAUGAUCCCA